CAGAUUCAAAUUUUGUUAACGGGCAGAACACAGAACACCUGUGUUCUGCAUUUACUUUUGUUUCACUUUAAAACGUCCUGCACGGCUUUUACGGUAAUGUCAAAAUGGUCGUCUAGACCCGCCUCUUUUGAUUGACACCUCAUUUGACCAACCGAGUUCAUCUACAGAGCCCAAAAUGUGUGACAAAGCUCCUCAUGUCCCGCCCACAGCACAUGUGCUGGAUUGACUGUAGAAUCGGCCAAUCAGCUCUGAGCUUCAUUCUCACCUCACAGCUGUAGCCAAUCACCUUACCUUUUAUUUGAAAAAUAGUUUUGGGGGGUGGGAAACAAGAUUUGUGAUGUGUUAUCCACUUUCUCCCCCUAGUGGUGAGAACGGACAUAGAAAACAUGGGUUUUAAAGCAGUUUUUGGACAGUUAGCUGACUAAACAGGCUGUUAAAGAGGAAAUAUAUUUUUUAUGAAGUCAUCUGAGAGCUUCAAGACAAGGAAGAGGGAUUUUUGAUGCCAGGAAAAGUGCUAAAAGGAACUUAGUGCCUGGAUGAUGAGCAAGUCCUCAGCCACUGACAGUUUCAACUUGGAGCCCACUUUCCCUUCCCAAAGGAGGAUCUGUAAUGAGUCCCGCCUACAGUGGGAGGUGGAGGUCUGUGGAGAAAACUUCACACGGGACAUGGCUCACAUCGACUCACAGUACUGGUGCAACCUCACACACAUCAUCAGAGAGUACCACCUCUUCACCUCCUGCACGGAGGAAAAGUCCCUCGUCGUCAACUGCUACUGGCCCAACCCGCUGGUGGAGGGCUACAUGAUCCGCGUACACAAGCACUUUUUCUCCAACUGCACCGUGGAGCAGGUGGUGUGGCUCGACCCGCCGGACGACACGCUCACCGUGCUCAUCCUCAUCCCCGUUUUCCUCACCUUGGCCAUGAUCGCGCUGGUGGUCUGGUGCAGCAAGAGGAGCGAUCUACUGGCCUAGGACAUGAAAACGGGUAGAAAGAAAGACCAGACUCGAGGAUCAGAUCCCUUCUUUCAGUCCUAACAGUCCACAGCAAAGUCCAGAGCACUUUUUAUUUUGGUCGAAUUAUCCCGAGUGGCACACUGAACCCCCAGCACCAGUUUUGAUAAGAAUUGUAAAUGUUAUUUUAUUGUUUUACCGACAUUGAAUAUUUUUACUGUUAAUGUGGUAAUUUAUAAAAGAUCUUAGGAAAAACAUGAAACAAUGAUACAAGUCUUGUGUCUGCAUGCAGCUAAAGAGAGAGUUCACAUCUUUUGAAGUGUGGUUCUGUGAAAAGGACAUGAACAAUUAAUGAGAGAGCUCUUUGAAGGAGCUCAGUUUGGAGAGACUAAACAGUUAAUCUGAGAGGGGAACACUGCCAUCAAAAACAGCCUAACAGUUCAAACAAUCGUUAUUUUUUAAACCUCUUCAAAGCCUUCAUUUUCACAUUUACACCAGCAAACGUUAUGAAGUUCUUCCUUGAUAGUUUACAUAAAAAGGUCAAUAAUUGCAUUAUUACAUUAGUGUAUUUAGUGKUUAGCACUGUUGCCUCACAGCAAGAAGGUCCAGGGUUCAAGCCCCAGAUUGAGUGGAGUUUGCAUGUUCUCCUUGUGUUCACGUGAGUCUCUCCGGAGACUCCGGUUUUCUCCCACAGUCCAAAAACAUGCCUUUAGCCCCAAGCCUCCAUURAAAAAAGAUAAUUACCUGGUUAAAUACCCAUAUUUUUAAACGGUACCCAAUAGGUUGCACUGAAAGUAGUAUGCUUGCUGCUAACCAUUAAAUUUCAUGUAAAGAACCAUUUAAUGCAAAACCAAUGCCAUGGUGAAGGGUUAUAAAACAGUAUUUACACAGACUAUGAUUAAAUUCAUUAGAUUGAAGUUGUUUUAACCCCCUUGCUGCCCAGACCUAUKUUCCAUGGUACUUUAUUCCCCAUUACCUAUGUUCCCCAAAAGCUAAGCUCCCUAUGAUCUAAUUUGACAUCCUUUAUUGAUGUUUAUGGUCAAAGAUUUUCUAUGUGACCAAUGUGGGCGCAACUCCUUCAUUGGUACAGCACCUGGCAUUCCCAGGUGGUCUCUCAUCCAAGUACUAAUAGUAUCCAAGACCCUGCUUAGGUUCCAAGAUCAGAUGAGAUUUGGCGUGUUCAGUGUGGUAUGGCCGCUCUGUCUCUCAACAUACAUGUUCCUUGGUACAUAUAUUUCCUUGUGUCUAUGUUCCUCCAUACCUAUGCUCUCUGAUACCUAGGUUUCCCAGUACUUAUGUUCCCUGGUACCUAUCUUCCGACGUUAAUAAAGUCAUGCAGAUGCUUGGGCCCUACUUCAAAUGUCUUUUAAAGUAAAGAAAUAACUAACAAAUCUAAAUUACAGGCAUUGUGCCAGGGAUCUGGGGGAACAUAGGAUGGGUGUACCAGGGAUAACCUGGGCAUUUGGUGAACAUAGGUACUAGGAAACAUUGGAAUGGCCCCCUUACUGCCUUUGGGUUAAAAUGACUCACAAGGCUUCAGUUUUUAAAUGGACCUCGUAGGUCGUUUUAACCCAAGGGUARCAGGAGGGUUAAGACGGCAACAAUCUACGCUGAACUUGCCUUCAACCACUUUUCCAAACCGAGAUUGUUCAAAGAGCCGUCGAUAACGUUGAGAUUUUUGUUCAUAGCCCUUGCAUACUUCAAAAGAUUUAAACUAAAACAGUUGGCUUUAAUCAAAAGUUUUAAACAGUAAUGUUGUACUGUAAUAUUUACAGCCACUGCGUUGAACCUUUUUGUCAUGAGUGCUGGGAUAGAAAUUAAAAUUUGCAAACCCUUUACAUGAUAGAAUUGGGUUAGAAGGAGUUUUCUGGAAUUKUAGUUGGAAAAAUAUUUAUUUGGAAUGAACAAAACAAACUCAGUUGUGGUAAUAUAUUGUCGAGAAGAGCCAACACAUUGUGUUCAGACUUUAUGCUAAGCCAACCGGUAGCUUUUGGAGUAGCAUCAUUGGCGCUUCUAACUCGGAUACUUUCUAAAAUGRCGCAGCCUCCCAUCAAAGUUGCCAGGGAUUGUUGGGGGUUUGUUUGCCUCGGUUGGAUGSUUCUGCAAUGCAUUCCUUGAAAUCUCUUGGACCCAGACUUACUGACCUCUGAGAUUCUCAUCAGAGCAAUGAAUCAGCGCAAGACCAAAGCAUCCACAAAGUCAGCCACCGACCUCCUGACUGGUGGGAAAUAAGAGUCGCAGAGGAAGCCACUGGUAAAUGUUUUUUUGUCGUGCUGAACGAUCUCCUGGACGGAAGCCAGAUUUUAACUUUUGUACAGUUWCGGGGAAUGUGAUGUUUAGUUUCCGUGAAAGGACACUCACCACUGGAAGGAAUACAUCUUCCAAAGUCAAAGCAAUGCUAUGAUUUGUAUAUUUUGGAACUUGGAACUUCCAGUGUUUAAUACCUGAGCCCCAUACAUCUCUUUUGUAGUGUAAAAUAACAGAAUUACUCAUAAAGAUGGGUUCUCAGUGAAUGGCAGAAACGUUAAAUUAUGACACUGAGACCUCAUACUGUAUAGUCAUGCUCUGUCUGUGCUGUCUACUGUAUUCAUGUUGCCUCUCCAGUGUUACUUAACGACAUUAAACUCAAGCUGGGAAUGCCGCAGGACUUCCUCAUUGCUAACAAGGAUUUUCACGUCGAUGACGCCGCAUUACUGUUGAGUUUCUCACAUGCAACAUGUUCAGUCAGAGGUUAAACUAGACAAGAUGUGCACUGCGUUCAAAGCUUUGUUUUAUUUAUGUAGAAUAGAUGUAACAAAGGAGCAGAAGCUGCUUCAUUUUUUUUACCGCAUAUUGGGUCAGAACAAAUCUAAAUUCCUGCAGAUGUGUCUCAAUAAAAAAGUAAAGCUGA